AUGACCUCGCGCCGGCCGGUCUUCUUCAAAGCUCUCACAAAUUUUACGAAGUACUGGAAAGCCCUUUUACGUCGCUUGAGCCUGGCGCUUGAUUGGUCGGAGACACCGGAGGUUGGAGCUGAAGACACGGAAGCCGAUUGCCACGAGCUGCACCGCAUGAUGCAGCCGGAGUGCAGCUACUUCCAAGUUUCCGAAGGAUUGAUGGAGCUGCUACAGGCGCGCCUGGCAGAGGAAAGGGGGCUCAGCCGAGCAAUAAUUGCGCGACAUGUGGACCAUUUUGGCUGCCUGAAGGGCAUAGACAAGGGUUGGGGUUGUGGCUGGCGAAAUAUUCAGAUGCUCCUGUCGAAUCUCCUAGCCAAUGAGGAGGUGCGGAAAGUGUUCCCAGGGGAGGCGGUUGUGCCAGACAUCCACAGCCUGCAACAAUGGUUGGAAUCUGCUUGGAAGCAUGGAUUUGACAGAGAGGGUGCUGGGCAACUAGACUGGAAGGUUGUGAAUGCGUCCAAGUGGAUUGGGACCACUGAGUGUGCCGUGGUACUCCGCUCGUUGGGGAUCCGCGCCAGCAUAGUGCAGUUUGACGCGUUGCCAGCAACCAAGGAGCGGGCCAUACUCGCCAACGGAGAUGCAGACGCUUUGAAAACGACUGUGGUGACAGGGUCUGGGUACACAGAUGAAUUCAAGCGGAUGCGCUAUGCAAGGUGUAACAGGUGCACAAUUGGGGAGCACUAUUUCCGUCGUGGAGAGAAGGAGAAUUGCAACGAGUGCAGGGACCACGAGACCCCGCUGGGCACCAAGUCCAACAAGCACCCCAUGAAUUGUCUGAACCACUGUGUGAGCGUGGAGGCGCCUGACUGCAAUAGCACAAGCACGUCCAAGGGUGGCCAGGUGCAAUUCGAGUCGGAGGUUAAGCACGGCAUCCGGCACAACAAGCUCUUUGGGUGGGCUUGGCGCUAUUUCACAGAGGGACUAGGACUGGACAAAGAUGCUGAGGUUCCAAAAGAGUGCGAGGUGCACAUGGUCGACAAGCCCCCGCUGUAUUUCCAGCAGCAGGGACACUCCCAGACUAUCGUCGGCGUGCGUAGAGUGCAUGGGCGACGAGGGGGAUCCUCUGAGACUUUGCUCCUGGUCCUGGACCCGUGUGUAGAGACGGAAGAGCUCGCUGCAAUGCUAAGGGGAAGAGAUCGCACCUGGCGGCGCGUGCUGGAGUUUGGCGAGCGAGAGUUUUGGAAGCCAGUGUAUCACAUCUGCUAUGUGCAACCGGGCCUUAUGACGGCAGAGGAACUGGAGAUGUCGAAGUUGCUUGACGUCUACCACAAGGAGUGA